AUGGCGACUGCUCAAGGUGCAUUAAAAGGCAAUUGUAUUACUUUUCUACAAAAUACACCAAAUAUUGUUAACAGUCUACCACUUAAAAUGGCCGAUCUGUGUGACACUCUCAAAGUGAUUUUUAUUGGAGCUCGUCCUCCAGAGCGUAUUCAACUCAAAAGAGUUCUUACAGUGCGAAAGAAAAAGAUUGUGGAAGCGCUGCGUUGGUUGAAAAAAUAUAAUAUACUUUAUAAGAAUAUCGAUAUAAAUCUAGAUAAUAUCGCACAGCUACCUGAAGAUGAUAUACCAGAAUCUAUAAUGACAACAAUGGAACAGAUAUUAAAUGAUAAAGAAGUACCAUCUGAAAGAGCUGGAUAUAUUCCUGAUCCAUUAUCUAACUCAACAGAAUUGAAUAUCUCAGAAGUCAUUCCUGUUAAUAACAGUGCUGUCUUCGACGUGAAUGGUUCGUCGAUAUCUUCUGAGGAAAUAAAUAAUUAUGUUCUAAAGAAAAUUAAAAACGAUGGCACAAAUGAUGAAAUGGAUGUUGAAAAUAUUUACUUGAUUCCUCAUUCUUCCAAACCUGUCAAUAAAUAUUUUAAUCCAAAACUGUUAGCAGGUCUCUAUCCAACGUUAUUCUGUUAUGGACUUGGAGCACCUGAAGAUCAAACACGGCCACUCACCAUAAAUUUACGAGAACAUAUACGUUAUCUUUUAUCCCACAAUGAUCGACGUUUCGAAAAAAAUCAUAGUUUUAUAUUUGUAGUCUUUAACUUAUUGCAAAGACGCGAUGCAUGUUUCCAUGCUCAACUUAUAGCAACAAAACCUUAUUUUCGAUCUUCCGCUCAAGAAAUUCACUCAUUGAACACUAGUGAUAUUGAGGCAGCUCUUAAAAAUAUCUCUACAGGAACAUACAAUAAAGGAUCUAACAAGGCUUUAGGUAAACUGAUAAAUCAUAUUAAAACAAUUGGCGGUCGAGUUAUGGGUUCAGCAUAUUCACGUACAUCCUUACGCACACAUCUUCAUGCAAUGAUUUUUAAUCAAAGUCUGCCCAAUAUAUUUCUCACUCUCAAUCCAGCUGAUAUUCACAGUCCCGUAGCAUUAUAUUUUGCAGGUGUGAAACUUGAUUUGGACAAUGUUCAAGCCGAACAACUUAUGGACGCAUACAAGUGUGCCGAAAUUAUCGCUUCUCAUCCUGUUGCUACUGCCAAAUUUUUCCAUAUAUUGAUUUCUAAUAUCUUAGAUACAAUGAUUCUUGGUGGUGUAGUCGGUACUGUGAAAGCAUAUUUUGGUACUGUUGAAAGUUAA